CCUUCCACCCAAAUGCAGCUGGGAUAGGCUCCAGCUACCCCCGCGACCCCAAGAGGGACAAGCGGUAGAAAAUAGAUGGCAUUCUAAAUCUAUGAUAUAAAGCUUAAAAUUAUGAAAUAAUAACAAUGAUCAAACAAAAAAUAUUUGUAAAACUAAUUUGUGAAAAUAAACAAAUUUUUGUGAUGAUUACUACUAAAACCAAGUAAUUACUAUAUUUUUUGGUGUCAAUUCAGAACCUCAUAGCAAAAAAGCAGGAAAUAAGACAUGACUACGCCAAAGUAAUUUGAUAUAGAAAUGUAACUUUUGUGUGUUUGUUGCAAAAUGCGUAUUCUUUGCACUGUGCCUUUUUCGGGCCUCCUGGUCCUUAGCUGCUCUCCUUCUUCUAUAAAACACAUGUGGCUAAAGUGGACCUUACGGGAUGAAAAGGUUAAUCAGAACCAGACCGAGGCAGCCUUCAGGAGAGCCGUAUGGGAGAAGAACGUGGAAGGGGUGCUGAGACACAACUGGGACCUUUUGAUGGGUAAACAGAACUUCACCCUGGGACUGAACCACCGAGCAGACGUGACAGCAGAGGAGGUCAACAGGAAGCUGAAUGUUUUAAAGAUGGAGGAGACGUUAAAGCCCACCAACUGCACGUUGCAGGCCCUAACGUUGCCUCGCAGUGUGGACUGGAGGACUUAACCAGGGCUCAUGCGGGUCAUGCAUCUGGAAGGCCAGAUGAAGACGAAGACGGGGGUCCUGGUGCCGCUCAGCCCGCAGAACCUGGUAGACUAAUGCUCACUAAUGCUUACAGAUACAUUGAACGAAACCGAGGCGUCGACUCGGAGCGC